AUGAAAAAUGACAUGUCAAGUUGCGACGAAUCGUCUGCGAGUGAAUUUAGUGACGAUGAGCAGAGUUCUUGCUCCAAAAUCUCAAAUAGCACAAGUCGUGCCUCCACUGUUACUUUAGGUAACAGUGAAAAACUUAACGAAGAUGGUUCCUCUGGCGUUUCAGUCGUGGCAUCUUCUAGCAGCGCAGGACUUCCCACCAGUUCAAUUGUUAAGUAUCUUCUGGAAAAGAUUCUCCGCAAAGUAGAACGUUUAGACACUAUACAAGAGCAAAACACUCUUUUACUUAAUAAUAUAUUAAGCAGCAUCCAGUCAUCAAACAUGACACAACUUAAUCGUCCAGUAGACCUACCUAAUAUCCCAGUCAGUUGUAAGGCUGAAUACAAGGCCUUAGAAGAGUUUCUAAAGAUUGAAGAAAAAUUUAAUUAUAUGAAAUGUCGCCUAGCGUGCAUUGGAGGAACGAGUGUCCGCAACUGUGUAAUGAACAUGAUGAAAUUUAUUCUCACGGAUAAGGUUGCGGUGAAAUUUAACUGGAUUGCACGGGAUAAUAAGAAAAAAGCCUUCAAAGACACCCUUAUGUCCAAGGUGAUCCAAGAGGCAGUUAUGACUGCUUAUUCCAAACAUGCCGACCGGACCGAUUUAACUGACCGAAAUAUUCAAGAUGCAAUGAAGGAUUGGCUUAAAUUAGCUAAACACCGACUUGAUCACAAAGCUAAAAAACUUCGUGGCAAUUGAGUAUAUUGUUAAUAAUAAUUAUUUACUUUUCUAAUAAUCUAUUAAUAUAUUUUAUGUAUUA